UAUUCAAUCUAUCCAUAAGCUUUGGUGAUCAAAACAAACAGAAAAUCUCUCACCAAACUUGUACUUCUAAGUUAUAUAAGUGUGAAUUUGGCUGUUUUAUGAUUGUGCUAUGAUGUUUUUCUUCAGUGGAGAACACGAGUCUAGACUGUUAUGGACCAUCCUUUUCCUGACGACGUCAACCGUUGGAGUCUGUGAAGUCAGUAAUUCCGAGGACUUCGAUGACAUCAACGAAGGCAGGCCUUGGAUGGCUGACCCUGAAAGUUUUUGGGAAGCGAUGGAUGCCUUUCUAGAUCUGCAUAAACGGAUGUCAGAUGGAAACGUUGGCGACGCAUUUCGGCUCCGACGCCAGAAACGCGAUGAGAACGAAGACGACCACGGAGAUAACUUCGAAGACAGACAACGGCGAAGACGACUACGGAGACAAUGACGAAGAUGACUACGGAGACAACGGCGAAGACACCUACGACGGGGAAGAUAAUGAAAACCUCUUCCAGUUUCUUCACACGCCCACCGGGGAUUCGCCGGGAUGGGACAACGUUGUUGAUCUCGUGCAGUUUGCAGUGGAUAUUCACGAAGCUGUUUCUCGCAUUGCAGAGCAUGGAGACUAUGGUACUUCCAGCGAGUCAGGAGACGACCACCAACAGGAAUUUUCUUACUCGUGGGCCCGUCGUGGAAAAGAGAAAGACGAAGCUACACAUUCCCUCCAGGAAGAAGAUCCUGAAGCAGGACCUCUUACAGAACCUUCCCCGCCUGAAGGAACCGAAGAAAGUAAAGCCCCUGAACUGCAAACGAACAACGGAGGCGAAGAAGGCGUAGGAGGAGGAGGAGGAGCAAGCAAGGGAAUCGAAGAAGGAGAGGCUGGAACCAGAGAGGAGAGGGGAGGACGAGUGGAGGGGCGGGAGGACGAGAACGAGGGCGACCUCCUCCUCGACAGGUUUCCCCGAAGCGAAACGGACAAAGACAAGAAAAACGAGAAAAGGAAAUAUUGGAGACAUAAACCAUAUAGAACUAGCUUUUCCUCGUUCUUCCCUCUCUUUCGGUUUGACUUGCCUUUCAGCAAUUUCAGGCUCUUGUCUCUGCAGGACCCCUCGCCCCUGCCAGAGGAGUAGGGAAGGGAUUUGAACCAUGCUCUCUCUCUCUCUCUCUCUCUCUUUCUCUCUCUCUCUCUCUCUCUCUCUCUCUCUCUCUUCU